GCAAUUUUCCCGCUAAUGCACAACGAAAAUUAAAUGUUGAAAUCUGGCAACGCGCAACGUGACGACCUCAUUGACGAAAGUGACGAACAUCAGAGUGUGCAGAUUUUUGUUCUAGCCACGUUGAACUAAGUGUCGAAAAGUGUGUGUCGAAUUUUUCCAACAUACUGUCAUUUUGAAUAGUUUAUCGUUUAUCUCCUGUCUACGUGAGAUUUAGGUAUACUGAGACUCAGAGUCAGAGUUAUCUCUGGGUAUACUCAACAAAGAAAAAUAAAAUUUUACAAGAAAGUGUUCUGCUGCUCCCAAUCCAGCAUGGCUCGAGGAAAGGUUACACCACAAACGGCUCAAAUUCUAGUUUAUUCUUUUGCUAUAGUUAAAUUCCACCAUGUUGGAGUGGCUCAGUUCAAUGUGGCUCCUCUCAAAUGGGUACAAAAGACCGGGAAUAAGACCAAAAUUUACUGGCCAGGUGAGGAUGAUGCAAUUACCCCAAAAGCAUUAGUAAAUUUGAUAAUGAAGGAAGCUGUAAUUGACAAGGAAACGUGGAUGUUGUACAACAUAACAGUUGUAGCCAAGUUUGACACUUAUGCAGGAGCACAAAAGAAGCUCGACAGUGCUAUUGCUGGUGAAGUGGUGCUCAGCACAGAUCUUGACAACCGAGGCAGAGGUGGAAGGAAUAAAGCUAAGAAAAGGAAUGCUUACGCUGCAUCUGCUCUCCCUCCCACUUCAAGUAAAAAAGGGUCCGUGCUGCUACUAGUUGUUCAGAUGGAGAAGAAGACAGUGAAAGUAGCUCGCAUAUGGGUUCUGUAGAACUAGCCCCAUCUUCUUCCAGUGAAAAUGACAUUCGAAGGAAUAAAGCUAAGGAAAGGAAUGCUUACGCUGCUUCUGCUCUGACUCCCACUUCAAAUAAAAAAAGGGUCCGUGCUAGUUGUUCAGAUGGAGAAGAAGACAGUGAACGUAGCUCGCAUAUGUGUUCCGUGGAACUAGCCCCAUCUUCUUCCAGUUAUAAUGACAUUCCUCAAGACAAGAGUCAAGUAACUGGUAAGAAACAAGUGCCACCAACAUCAUCAAAUGGUAAAGCUGUCACAGCAAAACAACCACAACUUCAGCGUCCAACUAUUCCAUCUGGGCUUGGAAAGAAACCAGCAAAUUCUGAAAUCAGUCUCAGCACAUCGAAAACAAAGUCGGCACCACCACCGA